GUAAGUUUUUGUGUGAUAAAGUCAGUUUGAGUGCACAAUUAAUUCGGUGCACCGUUUUGCAUCAAUCAUCAAUCUAAAACGCCAAUUUCGGACAGAAUGUUCCAGUUUUGCUGUUGUUGACUAUUCCACCUCAAGAUAAUAGUUCCUCAAGUGUAGUGUAGACCACUCUUACAGAAAGCCGGAGGAAGUGAACAAAAACAACGACUUGUUACAGUAUGAGUCAACUUUCGUCACUUCUUCUCUUUUCACAUGGAUUCUAAAUUAUAUAUAGUCUAAACCAUAUGUUAACCAUACAAAUCAUCUCCCACAAUAAUAUCUUUUCUUAUCCAUUUUUGUACAUCUAGUAUUCUAGUCACUUAAACACAACCAUUUCAUCAUUCAAAAUGCAUACUUUGAUUCAUUUUUUGAUACUAAUGCUACCAUUCUUAAUUGAAGCUAGAAAUUUAGUUUCCCAUGUCUCCUUUGAGGCCGAACUUAUUCGUCGAGAUUCACCCCUUUCUUCCAACUUUUACACCUCAAUGACACCACAAGAACUCCAAUGGAGGGAAUCCCUUGGCUCAGUCUCACUCGGUCACAACAUUCGACUAUCUCCUACGUACUUUGAUCAAAAGGACGUUAAGGCAGAUCUUAUCCCCAAUGGUGGUGAUUAUCUCAUGAAGUUCUCUCUUGGGACUCCACCUGUUGAAUUCACAUCUGUUAUUGACAGUGGGAGUGACCUGGUAUGGGUUCAGUGUUCGCCCUGUGAGCGUUGUAUCGCACACGAAUCUCCAUUAUUCGAACCAAACAACUCUUCGACAUACUGUGCAAUCCCUUGCAACUCACAAUCUUGCACAUAUCCUGAUUUUGAUAGUGGUUGUAUUCCAAAGGCAUAUCACAACAACGGUAAUGCUUCAUGUGUUUAUAAUGCUGUUUAUGGAGAUGGAACAAAAAGUAUGGGUGUCCUGAGUACUGAUACCAUUAGCUUCCCUUCUGCUGGUGCUUCACAUGUGUCUUUUCCAUCCUCAACAUUCGGAUGUGGGUAUGACCAACAAGGUCGGUUAGGUAUCCAUGGGGACGGGAUCGUUGGGCUUGGGCUUGGGUCUUUGUCACUAGUCUCACAAUUAGGUCCAAAUAUCAACUACAAGUUCUCCUACUGUCUGACACCCCUGCAUUCCAAUGUUAAUGGAAAGCUGAAGUUUGGGGUGGAUUUAAAAGGUCCAGGAGUAGUAUCAACUCCUUUUAAAACUCAAGAUCCUCCAACAUUCUACAUUCUGUCUCUCAAUGACAUUAGCAUUGGGAAUACUACAGUCGCGGUUAGCCAGGACAUGAUCAUCGACUCUGGUACGACCCUGACUUUCUUACCAACCAGUGUCUAUGACAGUGUUAAGACUGCUGUGAAGGGUGCUAUCAAGCUUAGCUCGGUGCCUGAUCCGAACCAGGCUUUCGACCCUUGCUACGAGGUCAAGCCCUCAGGUGAGGGGUUUAACCCUCCUGAUAUUGUGUUCCAUUUCAAAGGGGCUGAUGUUGUUUUAAAGGCUGAAAACACUUUCAGGACUUUGAAGAAUCUGACUUGUAUGGCAAUUGUACCUUCAGAUGAUAGUUUUUUGUUUGGAAAUAUUGCUCAAGUGAACUUUGAGGUUGUGUAUGAUUUAAAAGCAAAGCAAAUUUCAUUUGCUGCAGCAGAUUGCACUAAGAAUUAGUAUCUCUACAUCCAAGUUUAUUAAUAAUAGUAUGUAUGAAUUAUCCCA